CCCGUGCAUGCAUGCGCGUGCAUUCGCCAUCCUUGGAGAGCUUGCAUGCGCGCUCCCGCUGCUUGCUGGCUUCUCCAUCAUCGGGCGCGCCGCCCGCUUUGCGUGCGCGUCCCCGAGAUAUAAAGAGAGGAAAAAAAGAGAGGAAAAAGGAAGAAGAGGAAGGAAAGAGAAAGAGAGAGAGAGGUAAACCCGCCGUGUUCUUCCUCCUCUUCUUCUUCUUCUGCUGCUGCUGCUGCAGUGUCUGAUUCUCCCUCCACCAUCUUCAUCAUCGCCACCAUCAUCAUCCUCCUCUCCCUCCUGUCUGUCUGUCUGGGUCUCCCCCUCCUCCCUCCCUCCUCCUCCUCCUCCUCCUCCAUCCCUCUCUCUGCCAGUGAAGGCACGGCCAGAUAUCACGGCGACAAAAGAGAGAGAGAAAGAGAGAGAGGAGCGGUAGAGAGACCUUCACACAGACUGAAAAGAGAGAGAGAGAGCGAGUGUGUGCGUGUGUUUGAGAAAGAGAGAGAGAGAGAGAGAGAGAGAGAGUGAAGGAGGCUGCAGACUUUCCGACCACAGAGGAAGAGGAGAGGGAGGAAGAAGAAGAAGAGACAGAGAUAGAGGAGUCUCCAUCUUCGCCAUUCCAAUCAUGACUCUGGAAGACGGCUUCUGAAAUACUGUUUAGUAUAAAGACUCUUCAGCUACAGGACCAGCGCCACACCGAGCUCUGACCAGAUGGAGCUGAAUGUGGUUAAAAAACGCCAUCGCACACGAUCCAAAGGAGUCAGAGCCGCCGUGGAAGCAGUGACACAGGAGUUAUUCAGCUGUCCCACUCCAGGCUGUGAUGGCAGCGGUCACGUCAGCGGGAAGUACGCCAGACACCGCAGCGUCUACGGCUGCCCGCUGGCCAAGAAGAGGAAGGCUCUGGAAAAACAACCGCUGGAGCCGGCUGCCAAGAGGAGGCCCUUCCUCACCUCCUGCACGGGCGAGGAGGAGGAAGAGGAGGAGGACGCCGGUGCCUACACCAACUACGAGAACGAAGCCAUGGAGGUGGAGAAGGAGCAGGGGGAGGUAGUGGAGGAGGACGAGGAGGACGAGGACGGUGAGAGGGAAGGAGACGAGGACGGAGACGUGGAGGACGAGUUCUCGGAGGAGGAGCAGGGCGAGGAGGAGGAGGAGGAAGAGGAGGAGGAGGAAGAGGAGGUGGAGGUGGAGAGAGCGGAUACGACAAUGGGAGGAGAGCGGGCGGAGGAGGAGGAAGAGGAGGAGGGGAUAUACGACGAGGAGGAGGAAGUGGAGGAUGGCGACGAUGAGGAGGAGCAGGAUGAUGAGGGAGAGGAAGACGAGGAGGAGGAGGAAGAGGAGGAGCAGAAUCGUCAGCACGUAGAGAACCACUACAAACCCAGUGGACAAUCAAAGCUAAUUCCAAUCCAGAAGGACGACAACAACAACAACAGCUGCGCCAUCGGCGCCGGAAACGGCACCGGGGAGGACUACGAGAACUACGACGAGCUGGUCGCCAAGUCUCUGCUCAACCUGGGCAAGAUCGCGGAGGACGCCGCCUACCAGGCCAUGACCGAGUCCGAGAUGAACAGCAACUCUUCCAACAGCGCCGGCGAGGACGACGACGACGACGACUACGACGGCAGCAGUAACCACGGCGACCGGAAGGGCGAGCUGAGCGUGGACCUGGAUAGCGACGUGGUCCGGGAGACGGUGGACUCCCUGAAGCUGCUGGCGCAGGGCCACGGCGCCAUGCUGCCCGAGGACGGGUACCCGGACGGCGUGAUGGAGGACGGCAUGGGCCACGCCAACGGGCGGGCCGGCGUCCGGGUGCAGGCGGACGAGAGCGAGGAGGAGGUGUGUCUCAGCAGCCUGGAGUGUCUGAGGAACCAGUGCUUCGAUCUGGCUCGCAAGCUGAGCGAGACGCAGGCGAGCGACCGCCCGGCGCUCCACGCCCUCCACCACCAGCUGCAGACCGCCGCCGACAACCAGGUGGCGCAUCACCUGAGCAAGUACGAGAGCUGCCAGCACGGCGUCCAGGAUGAGGAGCGCAACUACUCGGACAUGGUGAACCUGAUGAAGCUGGAGGAGCAGCUGAGCCCCGGGUCCAGAGGCUACCCCACCAGCUGCAGCCAGGAGGGCGACGAGGACACCACGUCGGUGGCCUCCGACCGCUCCGACGAGACCUUCGACAUGGCCAAGGGAAACCUGUCGCUGCUGGAGAAGGCCAUCGCCCUGGAGUCGGAGAGGGCAAAGGUCAUGAGGGACCGAAUGGCCUCGGAGCACUCGCUGCCCCGCCGGGACCACCACCACCACCACCGAGGCCACGGCGAGCACAGCUCCAGGCUGAGCUGCGCCGGCGAGGAGCGCAAGUCCAGGAUGCACCACGACGGGUUGAAGAGGGCGUACUACCCUAAAGACUCUUCCAGGGGGGAGAAGAAAGAGAGUAAGUGUCCGACCCCGGGCUGCGACGGGACGGGUCAUGUGACGGGUCUGUACCCGCACCACCGCAGCCUGUCCGGGUGUCCUCACAAAGACCGGGUCCCACCAGAGAUCCUUGCCAUGUAUGAGAAUGUUUUAAAGUGCCCCACUCCCGGCUGCUCUGGACGGGGUCAUGUCAAUAGCAACAGGAACUCUCAUCGCAGUCUGUCCGGCUGUCCCAUUGCUGCCGCAGAGAAGAUGGCGAAGGUCCAUGAGAAGAGCCUCCCGACUGAAAGUGGCAGUAAGACCAAUCAGACAUCAGACCGUGUCCUCAGGCCGAUGUGUUUCGUCAAGCAGCUGGAGAUCCCUCAGUACGGCUACAAGAACAACGUUCCCACCAGCACGCCGCGCUCCAACCUGGCCAAGGAGCUGGAGAAAUACUCCAAGACCAGCUACGACUACGGCGGCUACGACGGGCAGCACGGCGGCUACGGGAAGAGAGGCCCGGCUACCAAGUCCCACCACGGACGAGACACGUCCCCCAAGGGAUACGAUGCCAAACGCUACUGUAAGACGUCGAGCCCGGCCAGCAGUACGACCAGCAGCUACGCUCCCAGCAGCAGCAGCAGCCUGAGCUGUGGAGGAGGAGGUGGCAGUGGAGGAGGAGGUGGUGGAGGAGGCGGAGGAGGUGGAGGAGGAGGAGGAGGAAGCAGCGCCAGCAGCACCUGCAGCAAGAGCAGCUUCGACUACAGCCACGACAUGGAGGCGGCCCACAUGGCGGCCACGGCCAUCCUCAACCUGUCGACGAGGUGCAGGGAGCUCCCUCACGCUCUGGGAGGGAAACCCCAGGACCUGCUGACUCAGAUCUCAGCAGUCAACUUGAGUCCAGUAGGCGACCUGGACGACAGCGGUGCGGUGGAGGUGGCGGGUCAGCCCGGCGGUCCCGAGGGCAGCGGCACGGUGCUGACCCCCCUGCAGCCCAUGUCCCCACAGCGCCAGGCUCUGCUCAGCAGCCGCUGCUACCAGCUGAGCGAGGCCGACUGCUGGGACCUGCCCGUCGACUACACCAAGAUCAAACGUCUGGGGGACGAGCAGGACCACAAGGAGUCUGCUUAUUUCUCGUCCCUGCACCAGAGCGACGAGCUGGACCCGUUCCAGGAGCUGCUGGACGAGCAGCGCUACCCGGCCGAGGUCACCAUGCCCAGCCCCAAACACCACAAGUACCCGCCCUGCAAGGAGAGCAAGAAGGAGCUCAUCACGUUGUCAAGCUGCCAGCUGGCCGACAAGAACAUCCGCGGGAUGAUGACGACCAACUCACAAGAACUCAGGUGUCCAACCCCCGGCUGUGACGGAUCUGGACACAUCACUGGAAACUACGCCUCCCACAGGAGUCUGUCCGGCUGUCCCCGAGCCAAGAAGAGCGGCAUCAAGAUCCUCCACAGCAAAGAGGACAAGGACGACCAGGAGCCAAUCAAGUGUCCGGUGCCAGGCUGUGACGGUCAGGGUCAUGUGACGGGGAAGUACGCGUCCCACCGCAGCGCGUCAGGCUGCCCCCUGGCGGCGAAGCGGCAGAAGGACAGCUACGUCAACGGCUCGCAGUUCGUCUGGAAAUCUGGCAAGACGGACGGGAUGAGCUGCCCGACCCCCGGCUGCGACGGAUCGGGACACGUCAGCGGGAGCUUCCUGACCCAUCGGAGUCUGUCCGGUUGUCCCCGUGCCACCUCGGCCAUGAAGAAGGCCAGGAUGAGCGGCGUGGAGAUGCUGACAAUCAAGCAAAGAGCGAGCAAAGGCAUCGAAAACGAUGAAGAAAUCAAACAGCUGGAUGAAGAAAUCAAAGAUCUGAACGAGUCAAACAAUCAAGUGGAGUCCGACAUGAUCAAACUGAGGACACAAAUCACCACUAUGGAGACCAACCUGAAGUCCAUCGAGGAGGAGAACAAGGUGAUCGAGCAGCAGAACGACUCGCUGCUGCACGAGCUGGCCAACCUCAGCCAGUCGCUCAUCAACAGCUUAGCCAACAUCCAGCUUCCACACAUGAGACCGCUGCCACAGAAAGAGGCCCCAGUAAAGCAUAACUGCUGUUUACAGAUGCCUCCCAGAGAGCCAAUGAAUGAACAGAACUUUGACACUUAUGUGAGUACACUGACAGACAUGUACACUCACCAGGACCAGUACCAGAGCCCGGAGAACAAGGCGCUGCUGGAGAACAUCAAACAGGCCGUCCAGGGUAUCCAGGUCUAGCCCUGACUGACUGAGGCCAGAAUAACAAAUGCAAAGCAAAAACAACAACAAAAAAAAGUCAAAAAGAGGGGAACGGGUUGUUUUUUGCUGCUGUAAUCUACCAUAGUUCUUUUAAUUCUUCUGCUGUUAUGCUCUCAACUCCAUGGGUAUCUUUUUUAUUUAUUUAUUAUUCUUAUUAUUUUGAUUGUCGUUGCCUUGCUUUGAAAAACAAUUACCAACGUUUUAAACGAACAUUCACGUUUUGUACAUUUUCAUAUGACCUAAUAUAAUGUGAUGUACUGUUUAUAGCUGCUAAUGUAUGCACAUUCUAGUGUAUAUGUAUGUAUUUAUUUAUUGUAAGCUUGAAUCAUUUCUUAUUUUAAAAAACGCGAUACAUCAAAAAACUGGGCGUCACGGGUUUAACAGGGAGCAGAGCAACGAGGGGGAACCUGAAGAGCAAUCAUUUUGGAAAAAAAAAAAAGAAAAGAAAAAAGGCUUUUCUCUCGAGCAGGUUGUUUAAUGGAUUCAUUCAUUUUUGUAAUGUUUGAAAGUGGACACUGUAAAUCUUUAGCUAAAAAUGAGGAGAAGAACCAAUGCUAUGAGCAAGAAGAUCUCAAACAUCAUGACACGGAAACUUACUGGUGCAAAUCCCAUCAUCCCCUUCGGAGUUGUUUCGUUUCAAACUGUCCUGUUCUGUCGCUUUUUUCUUUGUUUUCGCGCGGAGAACGAAGCAGAAAGACCAAUGGCUACAGAAAACGUAGGAGACAAUCUGCCAUUCUGAAUUUAUUUUAAUCAUCAUCCUUGAACUAGCUAAUAGGACAACGUGUCAGCAAUAUUGGUAUGAUAAUAUUAAAUCGUUUGUUUAGAUAUGGGAUGCAAUCUAUAUGAAAAAAUGUUUGGGUAUAUGCAAUUUCUUAUGAAUAAAACUAGCAAAGAGCUGAUAGAUCUUUUUACUAACUAUAAAUGUAUUGCGUUUUGUACAAACCUUUUACUACAAUCAUGUUUUAGGAAUCUGACGCGGGUGAAAGGACUUUGGUUCUGUCAUGUUCGACUUUGCACAGGGACACCUUUGUUUCCAUGUUUUGAUGUUUUUAUUGUCGACGUAGAGGCACUUGGCAGGCGGAAGGAUUUGUAGAUAUGAUUUUUCUUUCUAAAAAGGCUGACGGCUCCACUGGACUUACAGGGUCAAACGUCCCCAUCCGUCAUUGUAUAUUGCACUCGUUCUGUAGAAAACGUCUUUCCAGUCAUGCAUCUUAUUGUGUACGAGCCACAAUGGGACAUGAUGCCAGGCGACAUGAUGACCAAGCAGCACUUUUUUUAUUAUCUUUGAUUGUCGUUGAAAAGAUGAAUAAAAACUAGAGCCAGCAGCUGUAACGCGACGUCUGCGCACCGAAUUUUACCGACCGAGUAUUUGAUCUGAAUCGGCCUUACGAUGGCAUUCAGUCUGAAAUCACAGUACUGAUGAGGGAAAAUGUUUUCUGAACACCGUCGAUCAUGCAUGCACUUUAUUGGAGUAUGUCAAAGUAUUAUCACGUGGUAAAUGAAGCAAAAACUGUACAGCGAGUUUGUGGAAACUGUGACUUCGACGAGACUUUGUGCUGGUGAUUCCUGUUUGAAAGCAACCUGGAACAAAUUUCACUGAGUCGAUUUGUCUUUUAAAGGAAAACUCCCCCUCUGGCCCUCUUACAGUGUUCAUCUCCCCCACUGCAGUAGAUCUAACAAACUGGAAACUAGAGUGCUGAAACACACUGAUCAACUUAUUUAUAAAAAUGUACUUUUUAACGACCUAAAACAUAAUGUUGUGACUGAAAGGUUAAGACCUCUAGUGGCGAGUAUAAAGAGUGACAAAGUCCGAAUUGAGGAGUUUGGGGUGUUUAGAUGAGUAAAACACAGGUGAAGCUACAAAUUCACUUAAUUUAAUCCAAACUAUGACUUUUUCCUAAACCUAACCAGGUUCUUUUGGGGCCUGAACCCAACCAAACUGCUACCGUUUCACACCAUUUAAAACUGCGAUCAUUAAGUAGAGCUGUGACGAUAAUAUGUGCAAAAACUCUGAUUAAAAUCAGGAAAACAGCCUAUGAUUGGUCGAGAGAUUAAUGGAACAAUAAAGAGAGUUAUGGGUUCAUUUUACCAGAAGAAGCUAAAAUUGAAGGCCGGAUUUAAAGCUUCCAAAAUUGGAUAUCUGGAUUUAAGAAGCUGCAGUGUUUUCAUUCUCAUUUUUUUUUUAAUCAAAUAUCAUACAUGCUCAAAUGUUAACCUCCUAAAACAUAAUGUGGUGACUGAAAGUUUUAGACUUUUCUGUCCCAGAUGACACCAUAGGUAGUUUUAUUUUUACAAGCAGCUUAUAAGGACACAUAUUUAUGGGUAGGUGGCUACCUCUAGUGGCUGUAGCUAGUAAUUAUGACAGGAGUUGGGUAAAAAGUUGAGUGACAGAGUAAAAAGAGCGACAAAGUCCGAAUUUAGGGAGUUUGGGGUGUUUAGAUGAGUCAAACACAGGUGAAGCUUCAAAUGUACUUAUUUUAAGCCAAACUAUGACUUUUUCCUAAACCUAACCAGGUUAUUUUGGUGCCUGAACCCAACCAAACUGCUACCAUUUCACAACAUUUAAAACUAUGAUCAUUCAGUAGGACUGUGACAAUAAUAUGUGAAAACUCUGACUUCAGUCAGGGAUACAGCCUCUGAUUGGUCGACAGGUUUAUGAAAAAAUAAAAACAAUAAAGACUGUUUUCAACACGAAAAAAUGUAUUUAGUGUUGGAUUUAGAGUUAUGGGUUCAAUUUACAAAAUCUCCCAGAAUGUACCUAUUUUAACCCAAACUAUGACUUUUUCCUAAACCUAAUCAGGUUAUUUUAGUGCCUGAACCCAACCAAACUGCAACCUCUUCAUAACGUUUACCACACGUUAAUAAUAUGUGUGAAAACUACUGAUUUCGUGAAGGAAAACAGCCUCUGAUUGGUUGACAGAUCAAUGGAAAACAAACAACAACAAAGACUGUUUUCAACACGAAAAAAUUGAUUUAAUGUUGGAUUAAGUCUCCCAGAAGAAGCUAAAAUUGACGACUGAAUUUAAAUUUUCCAAAUGGGAUAUUUGGAUUUACGUAGCUGCAGCUCUUAUUAAGUGACAGACUGUAACCUGCAUUCAGACUCAUGGGUAUCAAAGUAUUUAGAGCUGAAGAAAAACUGUGAUUUCUAAAGCGUUAAAGUCAUCAGUCUGGUUCAGUGUCGUACCUUGAUCUGCCUCUUCUAUUUCUAGUUCAGUGUGAGAUUUCCUACAUUCCCCAGAAUGCCUUUCAACAGUGAAAAGGAUCAAAUGUUGUUGCUCUCAGUUGAAUAAUAACCUUUAAAUUGAAGAAGCAACAACAAAAUAACCCCUAAAAUAAAUGCAGUAUGUCUGCCAUAUUUUUGGCGAAUGAAAAUGAAAUUCUAUAAAUAUAUUUGCUAGGAAGCUGCCCCCGCGACCCGGCCCCGGAUAAGCGGACGAGAAUGGAUGGAUGGAGAUCAUGUUGGGGUUGAAUCACACAGUUUAUCUCAUAUAUAUAGCUCCAGUGUGUGGAAAUAUGUCCAAAUAUAAAGAUAUUUAUGGGGGAAAUCAAGUGUGAACCAUCUCUAACCCUCUAUCCCUAAAAUGUGAUGGUAUUUUUUUAGAUGACUGAAGCUUUUUUUCUGCUAUCAAGAGAAACAAACUAACUAACGGGGAGUUUUCCUUUAAAGACGCUUCUUCUUUGGACUUUUACUGCAAAGCCUCAUUCCCUGACUUCACAUCUCCGUCCAAAGCUUUGUGUCUGCAGCUUCCUGCCAGUAAACUACUGCAUUAGAUAGACUGACAGCUUGUAUUUUUUAUUUAGUCAGUUAUUCUUACUGAAAACAAAGGAAAAUGGGAGUUAAAGCACAAUUCUGCCACUUAAUGACAGUCAAUAGACUAGAUAUUGUAAUAUCAGAUGUAAAAGCUAAACUGUAACUAUUUACAUAGAGAAUCUCAACACUAACAUGUGACAUGCUAGAAUGCAAAAGAAAUCCAUAUGAAUAUUUGUGAAAUCAUCAGUUUAUGAAAAUGUUACAGUUUCUUUCCAGCGGUGCAUCGAUAAGGGGUUUUUAUACAACAUUCAUUUUCUCUCCUUUUACCCCUUUUUCUGUGUUACUCGCAAACUUUCAACAACAGUUUUUCUUACCACAUGGCAUGGGUUUUGUUGAUAUUUUUGCUGUAUGUUUAAGGUCACGAGUUGCUACGUGAUAUUUUAAUUUGACUUGUGAAGUUUGUACAAUUUUUAUCAUGCUGGUGUUGGCAUCUCUUGCUCUGAAUAAAUCUUGUGUUGCAACACUGA